AUGCCGCGGUCGAAUUGGACUUCCAAUCCGACACUAUGCCUCCUCAUUCACUCCAUCAGUAAUCACGGACGACUGAAUCUUGCAAAAAAAGUACUCUUCGGUGCCAUCGCUGCUUGGGGCAUCUCUGGAAUAACGAUGACGGCCUUUCAAUGCUCCCUACCGCAGCCGUGGCUUACCACUGCUGGUAAGAAGUGCCCAGGCCGAGAGGGUAUUUUCCUCUACAACGGCGUGAUGGACAUCUUUACGGAUGUUUGUCUAUGUAUGCUUCCCGUCGCUAUGAUGUGGAAAGUGCAGACUGCGUUGAAGAGAAAGGCAAUGGUUGUUGCCCUUUUCACCACGCGCAUCAUCAUUCCUAUAAUCACGAUUCCGAGACUGAUUCACACACAUAUCAUGGUAACAGACUACACUGACACGACAUGGAACGCUGUACAUCACAUCAUAUGGUUACAAGUCUCACUAGGCAUGUCAAUCCUCACAGCAUGCAUCCCAAGUCUGAAGGGAGUCAUCGACAGCCUCCUCGGGUCCACCUCCGUGGCCGCCAUUCAGGCACCUUACCAUUUGUCCUCGUCAGGCAAAGACGGCGGUAGGCUUCAACCAACGACUUGGCCGAUCGGCAGCGGGUCCAACACGAGACCGGGGUCUCAUCUGGCGAGCGGCGCAGGAGAUUCGAGGAUCGCGAGGGCUGGUUUGGCUAGAGUACCCGAGUGGUCGGUCGGUUGCAGGGUCCACGGUUAUGUAGAGAAAGUAGCUUUCGGUCGCAGUGAGAGUGUGAGGAAAUUGACUGAAGAUGGAGAGUUUGGGGCGUCUUCUGAUGAGAGGCGGAGAUCGAGCUCACAAGAGGGGUCCAUGAAGUCUGCUGAGGCUGACUUGCGAUUGUAA